AUGGCUGCCCUGCAGAAAUCCGUGAGCUCUCCCCUCGUGGCCACGCUGGCCGCCGGCUGCCUCCUCAUCCUGGUGCUGGGCGCCCAGGGAGCAGUGGCUGUGCCCAUCACGUCGCAUUGCAGGCUCAACGAGUCCGACUUCCAGGAGCCCUACAUCAUCAACUACACCUUCACUCUGGCCCAGGAGGCUAGUUUGGCAGAUAACAUCACAGAUGUUCGUCUCAUUGGGAAAAAACUGUUCCAGGGAAUCAAUCAGGUGACAAAACGCUGCUAUCUGCUGAAGCAGGUACUGAACUUCACUCUUGAAGAGGUGCUGCUUGCCCUUUUGAUAAAACUUCAACCUCAUUUCAAAAAGCUUCAGUACAACAAUGUUAAACUUGUUACUCUCAUUUCCAUUUUGUAGCAUGAGUAUGACAGCCAGCACAUCCAGAGAAAUGUACAGAAUCUGAAGAACACAGUGAAAAAGCUUGGAGAGAGUGGAGAGAUUAAAGUCAUUGGAGAACUGAACUUGCUAUUUAUAGCUCUGCGACGUGAAUGUGCUCAAGUAGAACAAGGCUGGAAAAUGGAUUACUAA